CAAUGGCCAGCCGGAUUGCCAAGAUGGCAGCCACUUUUGCUGCCUCAGCUGCACGUUGCUCUCUGGCCAAGCAGUGCGCUCAGAGCAACAAUGUUGUGCAGCGCACAAAGCUUAUGAAUGUGCUGGCUGCUCCCCACCGCCUCUUCGCUGCUCCCCUGACAUGCACAUGCAGCACCCCUAAUCUCCGUGCCUUUUCGGUUUCAGCUGCCGCAUCUACCUCAACGGACAGGGUCUCGAACGUGGUGGCCGAAGAGCUGAAAUACGAACAGGAGAACUACACCAAGCCAGAGCUGCCCGACCUGCCAGAGGGAUGGACGCUGACUGAGAGGGAAGGCAACAGCAAAGUAUCUCUCACGCGAGAGGUUGGAGACGAAGCGAUCCAAGUGGACUUUGUCGCCAGAGAAUAUGGCAACUUGAGCUUUGAUGAGGAUGAGGACGCAGAUGGUGAGGAUGACGAGGAUGCUGAAGAUGACGACUACUCAGACAACAGCAUGACUCUGGAGGUGGCCGUCAUGAAGGAGAAGGCUGACAAGGCCCUCAUAUUCGAGGUGGAAACGGACGGGGAGUAUGUGCGCAUCCUGGACGUUUCACUGGAGAAAGUCACAGAGGACGAUGAGCCGGAAGAUGAGGACGAAGAGACCGUCUAUGGCGGCCCGGUGUUCACGGAGCUGGACGACAAGCUGCAGACGGCAUUUAUUGACUACCUGGAGGAGCGCGGUGUGAAUGCCGAGCUGGGGCGCUACAUCGUGGAUUAUGCCGAGGACAAGGAGCAGCGCGAGUACAUGAAGUGGCUGGAGGGCGUCAAGAACUUUGUCAAGACAUAAGCGGCCAGUAAUUCGUAACAUCAAUGCAUGCAUGCUUCAGAUUGGCAAAUGAUCAUUUCCAGUGUGCAUAUUAGGUGCUGAAAGGGCACUGUGAACUCGAAGGGAGGUUUGAUAGGAAAGACACGGUGAAGCAGAUCCUCCCAUGCAAUCAGGGUGGAGGCUCUGACUGUGCAGUGUGACAUUUAAGUCUAGGAAUCCUGUGAAUUCCCGGCUUUUUGGUGAUGAAAGCACUGCACAGUGCAAUUUGACAGCCGCUCUAAAUACUUGUAACUUGUAAUGACGACAUGCGAGAGGAAUGUUCC